AUGUAAUGUAUACCUCUUUUAUUUUUGAACUAUCAAAAAUUUUUAUAUUACAAAAUACUGUAAUAUAACAUUAUUAUAAUAAACAUGGAUAUUAUAAUAUCUGACGAUAAAUUCAAUUCCAAAUUUACUACAACAAAAUAUAAAUACGCUUUUGUUUAUUUCUAUUCAUAAUGUGUAUACCUUAAAUUUCUUUUCACUUGUAUUUUAAAAUUAUAUAAAUAAUAUUUUAUACAAUAUUUCUGCAUUUAAGUAUAUUGCAUUUAAGUAUAGAUGUGUACUAACGAUUAUGUGUUAGAGAAGAAUAAUGAAACAUCCCUCAGAACGCAGGAUCAAAGUCGAUGUUGAAUUCUUGGAAAGAUACAUAGGGCCAAAUUCGGUGGUAUUCGAACAAUGUCCAAACAGGAGAUAAGUCAGUAUCUAUCUCGUCGCAGACUGUUACUGGACGCUUUAAGAUACGUGAACGAAAAAUAACAGUGGCAAGUUGGUCAUCUCCGGUACGAUGCCUCGCAAAUCAUUAUUUUUCACUGUGAUAUUAUUCAGCUUUAUUCUCUAUGUUGAAAACAAGGCGAUUGAAAAUCGUAAUUUUCAAUCUAAUAUUGCAAAUAAUGCUUCGAGGAUUCAAGAUCAAAACAUAAAUGAAAACUUCGACUCCGAGGUAAUCAAAAGUGAACGCUCAAAUAGGAAAAUAAACCACACUAUUUGUGUUGAAAAUUGUAAUGAAAAAAAACAGAAAUUUUUAAGUGAAAGCAAGCACAUGUGCCCUCAUGAAAGUAAGGAAUUGUGCUUAAUAUUCUCUUUGUCGAAAAUUGCUAAAGUUCAAGUGGCUAGUUUAAGUCAGCCUUCGACGCAUCACAGUUUAAAAUCAAAUAUUUUUGACAGUGUGUCAAAAGACGCCAGAAAUUCAAAAAUUAACGAAGAAAUAAAGAAGGAAUUAAGACUCAAUUUCGUAAAUCGAAACGAGGACAAAUAUUUCCAGAAUUCUUCGGAGAAACAGAUGAAAUCAUCGAACGUCCAUUGUCGAGCAGUUCAUGAUGUUUACAUACCAGAAGUGAAGCAAAAUUUACCAGCUUUUGCUUGUGUAUUUGGAAAUAAUACGUUCAUCUUGUCUAGUGAAAGAUUUCUUCAAGAUCGACGAACAUAUUUGGAUAUAAAGAUUGAGGAAAAUACAUUUAAAAAUAUAAAAUUUGCUCCGAAAAUGUCCAAAACCAAUGGAUUUGACGUGGUACCUGCUCUGCUUAUUUUAAAUCGCAUUAAUAAUAAUUACAGGAUAGAAAUGCACAAAAAUAUCCCUAAUGAAGGAAAAGUCGAUCAAUCAGAAGAAAGCCGAUAAGAGAUUACCAAGAAAUAAUCGUGUUUCAUAGAAGAUUGAAAUACCCGAUGAUAAUUUUGAAUUCAUUAUCUUUUGUUAGGUAAAUAAUACAUGUAAAUAUGACAAUUGUAACUAUAUCAGUAACUAUAUAUUUGUUGCAAUUGAAAGGAAAUUAAAUAAUUUUAUAAUGUAAUUAAAAAUAUUUUUCACGAUUUUUUUUCUUCUAGUUCUGAUGUAUCGUCGUUAAAAUAUUUAAUAUAAAUGUAAUUCGAA